AUGUCAUCCACAGCUGCUGGUGGUGGUGUGAAACGGACCGUAUUGCGCCGCGGAGGUGAUAAGACUGCCAGUGCAACAGCGGCUAUUACUAAUAAGAAGAAUGACAAUAAUAACAAUAAUAAUAUUAAUAAUAUUAAUAUUAAUAAUAAUAGUAACGAUACUAACAAGAGCAAGAAGCAUGAUAAUAGUGGUGAUACCGGUGCCAGCGGUACUGUGGCUCGUACGAACAAGCGGCCACAUUCCUCACAACAUCAACAACAAAAGCAAAAUCAAGAAACUCAACGUCCUCCUUUAGACCGAAUGGUUUUCACUUCCAUUCACUUCUCAGCUCCAACAUUCACAAACAACAUCACCAACCGCGUGCUCUUCCCUAUUCUAAGUGCCCAACGAAAGAAUAUUCCAUCCCCAUCAACCACAACAACAUCCCCAUCCGGAACACCAGGCAGAGGAUCUAAUACUACCAAUACUACCAAUACCAAUACCGCUAAUUCUAAUAGUCUUACUACUACUACUACUACUAUUCAAACAGGUGGUGUGGAUAUGUAUGGAGCCCCGGUAGACUACACCGCCGUUGCCCGUCGACUCACCGUAACACUUGAAGAGGCACUGGCGGAUAUUGCGCAGAUGCGGGCGGUGGAGGAGCGGACACUGCAAUUGAAUGAAGUGCGAUGCCGCCGUGUUGAGAUCCGCGAGAAGCGGCAACUCGCCACUAUUCGAUUGGGACUAGAGGCCACCACAGCACGAUUGCAUGAGUAUGAGAAUCGUGUGUGUAAUGCCCUCGCCGCAACGGCAGGAAUUGAACAACAUCUCUCACAGUCGAAUGCACGGGUACUGCGAGGACGUUCCGUCUCGCAGCUUCUCAAACACUUUAAGAUGUUAACACAAAUGAAUUUCGGUGAAUUAAGUGCUGUAUUGAAGAAUUUAUCUAAAGCUCGUGUAGAGCAGCGGGUAUUUGUGACCUCGCAGUGGGAAGCCGGAUUUGUAUCCCCAUCGGAUCCCAUGUACUUUGGUGGUGUUAAUAGUAAUAAUGCUCAAACCAACAGUAAUAAUGAUAAUAAUGCUGCUGGUGCAGAUGAUGAGAGAGGGGAUGAUGAUGGUGGAAGUGAUGAUGAGCAUCAUCGUAAAAGCAAUAAACACGAUAAUACGAGCUUUGGCGAACAACAAGGCGAGAAGAAUAAUGAAGGUGGUAGAACUCGUGGUCCAUUCCUGCGUGGUGGUCCACGACAACUACGACGACGUGUAGUGUCGAUAUUAGAAACAGACGAAGGAACAUCAGAGCUGCCCAUCAACACUAACAAUACAGCAGGAGGAGGAAGAACAACAACAACUGGUGGAAGUGGAGAGAGAAAUGAUAAUAGUGAAAAUAACACCAGCACCACUUCCACAAGUGGAGGUGCUGGACGAGAGAAGAUGCAUCGUCUAGAGACUGCGGCUGUUGCUGCGGGUCUUGAUCGGGCAUUUGCCAUUCGCAGUUGUACAGAGGCACAGGUGGAGUGGUGUCAACGAUUAUCACAUUUGCGAAAUGAAUUAGAUGGUAUUGUGCGGAAUACAGCAAAUAUUGAAUUAUAUGCAGAUUGGCUUCGACAGGAACUUGUAGCCGAUAUCUUUCACCUUGUGGAGUGUUUUAAUGAAUUAUAUAAAGAUCAUCCAGAUACCGCCGUACAUCAAGUGUAUGGUCGAUCCAUUCUUAAAACACUUGAACUUAUUUCUAGAUUGUAUGCUACUAUUACUUCUUCACAUGAUGCGUUGUUGUCUGUAUUUUAUUCUCGUGCUAUUAAUCAAAUGGGUGUAACUCUCUUUAGUGAAUACUCAUUAAAACCACUUCCUACACAACCUCCAUUAGGGAGUUCAACUGGAAAUACCGGGAGUGCUGCUAGUUAUACACCUACAGCUAUGCAACACUACCGAACAACAACAGAACCGGAUCUUCAACGUACAUUUGAUUUUCUCAUAUCUCGUGCACGUCGAGAUGUUAUUAUAGUGGAAACGAUAUUCGGGACAACAAACUCAGCUCGUCAACAAUUAUUAGCUCAAAUGACAGAAGGUGUAGUAAAGCCAUUUGUGACACAACAAUUAAAACUUGUAGAAUUUUUUGAAAGAGAUAUAUUAGAAGCAGAGGUUCAUCUCUCACCACGAUCUAAAAGACGAGCAACACCACGAGUAGUAGAUGCUAUUUCUUAUUCACAUAAUAUGCAAGUUCGUUUAUUUAGUUUUUUUCAAUCUUAUGUGGAUGAGUUACGUGGUAUAUUUGAUGCCGGUGAAGCGGACUUUCUUAAUAAGUAUGUGGAUUCUAUCUUUAGUAGUCGAGCGGCUUUUGUAGAAGAACGAGCAGAACUUGAACUCCUUCGUCGUUAUCAUGCCUUAUUGGAGGAACAGUAUACACGUGAUUUACAUCCUAUUCCAGAUGAAGUCUUUGAUCUUCGUGAGGCGCAUAUGCGGAAAACAAAAGAAUUAAUUGAAAGACUCACAGAAGUUGUCACUCGUACACGUAAUUACGCCCCUGCAAAAGAUGUCGCUGCAUGUAUUUUAGAUCUUGUGAAGGAAUCAUUACAGAAUAUGGGACACUAUCUUGAAGAGGAACUACGUAAGACAAUUGAUUCCAUACGAGCUGAUCGAGUGAAUUGGCGUAUUAAACCAAAAAGUGAAGAAGAAUUACUUCGACCCACUAAAUUAGAAUCUCAACAAUGUGGUUUACGCAUGUUACUCUUUGUACAAUCUUCACUAAUGAGUUUAAAUGAUGCCAUCACUGUAGGUACAUUAACUUUUAUGCAAACUGAUACUCGUCUGACUACAGCCAUUGAAGAAGCGAAAGAAUCCGCGUUUGAGACAUUGGAUGAACAUGCAGAGACACUUUUAAAUCUCUGUGCAAAUGCCAUUAUUGUACGAUCCUUAUCUAUUUUAUUACAUUAUCAAAAUCGAAAUGAUUAUAUGCCAAAAGUUGCUAAAGGUGGAGAAGGGGAAAUGAUAGCACAACCCUGUACUCGUGCCUGUACACUUUUCUGUUUAUACAUCACCCGCCAGUUUGAAGAGGCAAAAGAGUUUAUUCGACUCUCUAAUGGACAAAUCCAACACCGACAAACCGCCUCACAAGUGGCCUCUGGAGCUACAUUAGAACACGUUAUGGCUAAUAAUAAACUUCAAGGUCCUUCGAAUACAGGUGUUCACAACCGUACAUCUUCACACACAGAAGGAAUGGAUGUUAUUUCAGAUGCCGUACGAGCACGAGCACGAACAAUGAAUAUGCAACAAUUACUAUACGGUGAUGGUGGUCCUUCCUCCUUUGUUCGCACCGUUGGUGUCUGUCUGUAUCGUGGGAUCGUAACACAUCUCAAGUCUUUCACAGUGAAUGACCGCGGGGCUCUUAUUUACAAACAAGAUGUAACGGCAUAUAUGGAGGCUAUGGGUCCUAUUAUCCACACACCAGGGCUUGGGGGGGCUGUGGUGGAGGUCCUCUUUCGUAUGCUGAAGGAAACGGCAAGUUUGCUUUUGAUGUCAUGGGAUCAUAUUAAGGGUGUACGGGAAACAGGACUUUUGCGAUUGAUGAGUAGUGAGGAAAAGGUACAGUUUAUUAAAAUGCGAGAGGACUUGCGUGACGGGUUUCGCAGGAUGAGCCAGUAA